AUGCAGAACGACCAACAGAGGCUCUCUCUACAAAAUAGGACGAUGCUCACGCAUCCAUACAAGAGGUUAGGAGGAGCAUUUUCGGUUAAAUCACCGUCUGUUCCUAAUUUCCAUGACAGGAUAUAUUCUGAUCAUAGUUCCAGCGAUUCAGCACUUGUGAAUGAGAACCCGAGGGUAAAUAAACAUCACGCCGUUGAACCGAGCUCAUUGGGCCAGGUGUCCCCGUCUGAACAUGAUGGGAACUUGAGCGUUAUUGAUUUAUAUGGGGAUGAAGUAGAUUCUCAGCGUGGCGAGGUGGAAGAUGAAGACGAUGAUUAUAAUUAUAAUGAAGACCAGGACGGAGCACAUAGUGAAGACCUAGACUUGGCUUUUGCGGAAGGCAAUCUUCAACACGUCGAGCUGGACGGCGUUGCAGCUGCCACAAGUAAAAGUGCUCUUUCUGAUGGUGUCGAAAAUACACAUUUUGACCGAUAUGGGUUUAAGAAGCAGAAUAAUCACAUAUCUGAAGCGGAAUACGAUAGAUGGUGGUUGGACUACUCACAAUACUGCGUUCGUCGUAAACACAAAUGGCAGCUGCUGCUAGAGAAAAGUGGGCUGCCAGUGACUGAUGAUUCUCCCUCACGAUUUCCAUCCAAAAGUGAACGGUUGAAAAGGUAUGUUAGAAAGGGUAUUCCAGCGGAAUGGAGAGGCAACGCGUGGUGGCAUUUUGCUAGAGGGCAGGAGAAAUUAAAUAAGAACAAGGGUGUUUAUUCACAGCUUCUACAAAAAAUGAAACAAAUCAAGGAGCAAAAUCCUAACGAGAGACAAGUGCAAGAUUUGGACAUUAUUGAACGUGACUUGAAUAGAACCUUCCCAGACAACAUACAUUUUCAAAGUGCAUCGUACAACAAGGAAGGGCCUCCAAUUAUAAAAUCUUUGCGCCGAGUGCUUGUUGCAUUCUCUCUUUACAAUCCAAAGAUUGGUUAUUGUCAGUCUAUGAAUUUUCUUGCCGGCUUGCUGCUAUUAUUUUUGGACGAGGAAAGAGCUUUUUGGAUGUUAGUCAUUAUUACGUCAAGAUAUUUACCGGGGGUGCACAAUAUCAAUUUAGAAGGUGUUAACAUUGACCAAGGCGUAUUAAUGUUAUGUGUCAAGGAAUACAUUCCCGAAGUUUGGUCGUACAUCAAGCCUUCCAUUGACCACCAUCAAAAAAAUAACAAAACUUUCUCCCCGUCGAAUAACAAAGUCUUGUUCAAUAUGCAAAAGAAUGAAUUCCUGUACAGGCUUCCGCCCAUAACGUUGUGUACGGCGAGCUGGUUCAUGAGUUGCUUUGUGGGAGUUGUGCCGAUAGAAACUACACUGAGGAUAUGGGAUUGUUUAUUCUAUGAGGAAUCUCAUUUUCUGUUUAAAGUCUCGUUGGCUGUUCUGAAAUUGAGCGAACAUGAACUUUCAAAAAUAAAACCCCGUAACAACUCUUUGAACUAUUCAUGGGGCUCUAACCUGAACCAGAAAAAUGGGUUAAUGGGUCAGGAAGAUAACGAUAUGGAAAUUUUUCAGGUGAUACAGACAUUCCCCAAGACAUUAUUGAAUCCAAAUGAAAUCUUUGAAAAAAUCAUUUUCAAAAGGAGAUUUAAUUUGAAUAAGCUAGACCAGGAUGAAAUUGACAGAUGUCGAAAAUUUGUUGCCGCCCAACGUCUUAAAUUCAAGACAUAUGGUGAGCUUCUCGGAAACGCAACAUCAGAGGCAGAUUUACCAAUUAAUAAUGGUAUCACGGAUAACAAGGAAACUCACAUAACGAGUGAUGCAGUCAAUGAGGCAUUAUCUUCCGAAGUAUAUGGAUUCAAAAAGAGCUUAGCUGGGGUUCAUUGGAAUAAUAGCAUUAAGGAAAAAGUUAAACAAAUGAGAAAGAGAAAGGACAGAAGUGACUAA